AUGAAAUUCACUACCUCCGCCGUCCUCGCCUCCACCCUGGCCCUCGCCUCGGCCGUCGCCUGCCCCAAGCCCAAGCCCCAGACCCAGGGAGGAGCAGACUACGUCGAUCCCGCAAGCAUCGGUGUCUUCCGCCUCUUCGCCCUCAUCAAGGACGGACCCUACGCACAAAACUCCACCAUCCAAUACUCCAAGAAGGGCCUCUCCAUCAAUGUUAAGCAAGACGGCAGGUGCCGAGACGAAAGCAUCAACUACGCUUCCUUGACCAUCCCCUCCAAGGACGCCUCUUACCAGCCAGGUGGUCUAUUCCUCUACACAGACAACCCACCCAUGGAAGCCUACGUUGACCGCUCAUGGAUGGGCCAGGGCCUCCUCCAAUUUACCCAAGGUGUCGCGGACAAGUCGUUCCCCAGGAACGGCGAGCGCGGCCCCUGGGCCAUCACAAAGAACAACACACUCCUUUACGACAGCGGCAACGGCGCAAAUGGCUUCCAGGCCUGCACAGAAGACAAGGGAAAGACUUUCAGGGUCUUCUUGGCGGGCGUUAGCCAACCCGCUGGUUUCACGGACUGCACCAGGUUCACUGCGCAGGUCUGGCCUGUAGACACCUCGAAGCCCGAGAACGCCAACCAGUGCUCUUACGACUACUAAACGAUGGGUAAUGAAUGUUAAUCGCGGAGUCGUAAUGCAGGAGAAGCAUAGGCGGUAGUCUUCAUGUACAUAGAACAUAAUAUGGCGCAGAUAGCGUCACUUGCAUAUAAAAAAUACCGACUUUCCUUUAUAACAA